GUCAGACACAUGUUGCGGUAGGAUUCCACUAGGGGAUUCUACUGCAGACAAUGUUUGCCUAAUUCAUGAACGGAUCAGACGUCGACGAGGAGGGAGUUGACGAUGCUAGACUAACACGUGCAAGAUCAAGUAGGAUCCCGUAUGUGUUCAGGACCCUAGACGAUGGAGAAGAAAGACGGCUUCAUGCCGAACGCAGAGCCCGUGCUCUCGCAGCAUCGAGAGAGGCAGCAAACGUUGAAGCUCGGGAACAGGCCGCAGCAGCAGCCAGGGCAGCAGCCAGGGCAGCAGCCAUGUCUUCUGCAGCAACAUCCUCCGCUGCAACUUCUGUUGCGUUCUCGUUUGGACCUCAGUUGGGAAUGCCAACAGGGUCCACGGGCACUUCCAGUUCAACAAGUUCUAGACAGUCUACAAGUCAAAUGGCGCGCUCGCAGUUCAGCCCGUUGACUCCUCGCGAAAGGGAGAUGAGGGAGCUCCAGCAGGUCGAAAGGAUCCGUGCACAAUUAGAGAAGGAACUGAAAGAGGCUACCGAUGGAGAAAGAGAGAUAAAGAAUAGAACAACCAGGCUUGAAACAUUAGAGUCUGACAAGGCUGACUUGGAGGGCUUAGAUGACUCAGGAAUGAAUGAGCCCAUGAGAGUGUUGAGGAACAACAUGCUGUCGCUGCAUGCGCAUGUGGACAGCCGGUUGGACUUCAUGCAGAGCACUUUGGACCAGAUCCUGGACAUCCUAACAAGGCCAGGAUUUAGGCCACCAGCCCAAUCGCCGCUGCCGUUAACGGCGAUGUCAGGCCCUUUUCCAGUUCAAGCUGGUUCACAACCAAGUGGUACGUCUUCAGCAGUCUCCCAGACUGUUGCGUCUUCUUCUUCGGGUCCAGCGGUGAUUGCUACAUCACCACAACAAUCUGUUCAACAAUCUGGACAGCUGCAAGGUCAAUGGUAUCCCAAGACCCCAAUGAAACCGCCUCUUGCCUUCUCAGCGCGUUCACUUGGUUACACAGACUUCACGAACGAUGGUACCGCAGGGAGGAACCCAGGAAAAGGGUCCAAGCAUUGGAUUUGCAAGUACUGCGAGACCCGAUUCGACGGGACGGCUUCGAAUCUGAGAACCCACUUCCUAAAGAAGUGCAGCCUGGACCUCGUGACUAGACCAAUGUCCGUGGAGGAGAGGGUGAGAAGGGCGGAGGGGAUUCGCAUCGGGAAGAACCUCGCAGAGCUCAUUGAAAGGAGGGGGAAGAGUUCUACACCGACGAGCAACCUGCCAUCUGCCAGCAGUCUGGUCAUUGGAGCGAUGGGUGCUGGUAGUGGGGCGGCUGAUGCUGGCGGUGUACCAUUGCGGGUGGCGACUUCUGGGGAGUCCGGCCGUGCAGCGCCCCAAACAGGUCGACCAAUGAGGCAGACACUUAUCGAGGAUGUGGACAGCAUCAUUACUCGUAAUGAACACACAAACCGCUUCCUCGAUAACUUCCUGUUCUGCACGAACCAACCCUUCAGUCUCGUUGACAACGAGUACUUCCUCGAGUUAAUCGACGCGGUGAAAAAGGCACAUCCAUCAUGGUUGCCAUACCACAGGGACAACGCACGGACAAGGAGGUUGGACGCCACGUUUGGAAGGACGAGAGCAGACGUGACCGCCAUGACCACGAAGUGGCAGGUCACAGGCUGCAUGCUUCAGAUGGACGGUUGGUCUGAUAGGCGCAACCGCCCCCAUCUGAAUGUGAUGGUGUCGUCCCCGAUAGGGACUGUCUUUUGGAAAUCAGUGUGCAUGGAGGGGAAAGACAAAGACUCAGCGGCGUAUUUCAAGAUCCUUCAUGGAUUGAUCAAGGAGAUCGGGUCAAACGCAGUGGUUGGCGUUGUCAUGGACAACGCAAGAGUGUGUGUGAAGGCGGGUAAGAUGGUGGAGGCCGCUUACCCUCAGAUUUUUUGUGUCGGCUGCACAGCGCAUGCCCUUGAUUUAGCACUUGAGGACAUGUACAAGCAGCUCGGUUGGCUGGCGGUGGUCGUCGACGCCGGCAAUGUAGUCGGUGAAUUCUUCACGAAUGUGGACAAGGCGAGGGCUUUGUUCGACAAAUUCUCGUCGAAUUUGAAGUUGAAGCGUCCGGCGGUCACGCGAUUUGCCACGAGUCACGACAUGCUGGCUUCGUUGAAGAGAGGGAGGAAUGCACUCGAGAAGUGCGUCUGCGACACGGCAUGGGUGGACAAGAUGGUGAGGGCGGAUCAGCUCGCCGCUUUCCGUGAGGUCACCUCCAUCGUGCUGGGAAGGGACGGGUUUUGGGACAAGGUGGAGAAGGCCCUUGCAGUGAUGUCUCCUGUUGUGGAGCUGUUGCGCCUGGUCGACGGGCCAGGCGCAACAAUGUCGAAGGUCUACUUCAAGAUGGAUGCGCUCGUCGAGAGAAUGCGCGGCCUCGAGUGUCUCACCCCGGGUGAGAAGGCCGAGAUCGAGGACAUUCUAAUGCAUCCGUGGUCGUUCAUGACGAGUGAGCUGCACUGCGCGGCUGCCUUCCUUGACCCGGUGUUCCGACACAGUGCAUUGGCAGAGCGGGAUCGGGAGUGCACAAAACCCGGCCGCUACAAGGAACGCGAGCUGCGGAGGAAAUCAGGCCAUUCGCAGCCCUUACCGUCGGUGUUGUACACGGAAGAGGAACGGGCACAGUUGUUGAAGGCACGAGCUGCUGGAACAUGGUUGCACGGUGCAGGGGAAGCGUCCGGCAACAGAAAACGAGGGAAAAAGAGAGCACAACGCGAGGAAGUGGAGGAGGUGGUUCCGGUGGCGAAGGGGAGACGUGCGGACGGAGAGCCGAAAUGCAAGAGGGGCCGACCCUCAAACGCGGAGCUGACAGAAAGGAAAGCCCGAAAAGCGGAAGCGAACGCUGCAAAGGCAGCUGCAGCAGCAGCAGCGAGAAGUGCGGCAGCCAGAAAAGGAAGGAAGAAAAAGGCGCGCAGCACUGUCAUCGACGAUGACGAAAGCGGCGAUGAUGCGGCGGCAGCAUAUGACAAUGAGGCAGCAGCAGCAGGCGACGAGGCGGCAGCAGCACCGUCGUCAGCAUCGUCAUCUUCCUCGUCGGACGAUGAGGAUGCAAGUGGGAGUGGGGCGGAGUCCAUGGAACACAGUGAAGGAGGGAGUAGGAGAGAGCAUCAGAGCUCACUCCUGCAAACUUUGAAAGGGUUUGGAACUUUGGAGGCUAUGGAGGGAUAGCAGCUGAAUAACUCCAUAAUAGAAAAACAAAUGCAAACUUAGACA